UCCCGCUUGAUACUUCCUGCAAACGACGACGCCCCAAAGUGGGGGGGGCUUCUGUCCGUAGCCAUUUUGGCUCAAGUCAUUUUGGCUCAAGCGAUUUUGUCCAAAACAAGUUGUUGUGCAACCCACCGCGACGCAGGCGGGUGCUGCGAUUAGGCUGACGUCUGUCGUUCUCGCAUAUCUGAUUAUUGCAGGCUGCCAAAAAAUCACUUUGUAAUCUACUGCUGGGCGUCUCACAAUGUCGGCUCCCUUUCGGGCAACAGGGCACGCGGUCAGUGACUGAUAUAACCACGAAGCCAUCGUGAUGUGGGCUUUCUGCCUCAGAGUUUCCUCCAGCGCAAGGAAGUACAAUGCCAGGCAAGACACGAGAGUUACCUUUUGCGCCCUUGUAUUGCCCUCCUCGCACUUUAGCUUUUUGCAUCAUGUAGUUCCAACGCGAACAGCUGACCUGUACCAGGGAUUACCACUCGCGCAUCUCAUACCCAAGUCCCGAGGUGAGGUUUUGGCAAUUGCUGCGCGCAGUAUCAUAGCUGAUCUGGGACAUGCAGAUCGGGCAGCAGAUCCUGUUCCUGGGCGAUGUGUCAAUGGGCGUCAAAGGCCACAGCACCAGGCAGAGUACGAUUGGCUCUGCAAUGGCCGGCGUAUUGAAUGCAAGAGUUCGCAGUUACAAUUCAAUCGUAGCUGCAGUUCUUGGUUAUUCCAGUUUCAUGGUGUCAAGCUUGCACUUCAAGCGCAUCGCGUUCAGGAUGCAUUUGAUGAUCUUGUCCUUGUGCUGUACUCUCCUUGCAGAAUUUAUAUUUACCGUCACGAUCUGACUACGGGGCUCAGCACUGCAGGCAUUAGAACGUCUUCACGGGGCCAUAGCGUAACGAUAAGAAGUGCCAAGACAUUAUGUUGGAGAACAGGCCUUGAGAGUAUUCUCGCAAAGCUCGACGCAGGAACUAAUGCUUGUGAGCGCCUUGCCGACAUUCCGCUUUAUGACUCAAGAAUCAACGUUGCAGCUUCGAGACGCAGUACGCAUGCAAUGCAUGAUGUGUACAAUAAUGUGCCGCUGGCAAGCUUGAGUCCGCCAGCUCGAGGUCUUGUCCUUCAAAGACUUGCUCAAGAGGUUGAUUAUAUCAUGUCUCAGAGGGCAUGUGUUUCCUCCAGAUACACAGCAUUGCAUGAUUGGAUUCGAGAUGGAGUUCGCGUGGAGUGCAAAUCUGCAAAGCUUGUAUGGUGCGGGUGGAAAAAGAGUUGGAGGGUCUCAUUUGCGCAUGUUAAGAUAAAGGGGCACAUGAAGCAGAGCUCGGUGUUUGACGAGUUGCACGUCGUGAUUUUUUCACCCAGGGGUAUCUACAUCUAUCAUCAUGACUUGAAGCUCGGGGUCUCGUCCGCAGGCUUGGCCACUCAGGCAGAAGGCUGCGACAUUGUUAUAUGUGGCAGCAAAAAGGCUGUGUCAUGGUCGGAAGGCCUCGAUUCGAUUUUGAGUAAACUCGAUCGUGGAGGUUGCCGGCGUCUUGCGCAUAUCCAUUGGGACUCAGCUAAGACCCCCUAGCUGGACAAAGGAUCAUCGCCGACUUCGUUGUCAUCAAGUCCCAGUGGCUCGGCUCGCAUGGCCUAGGCAACAGACAAGGGCACGAAGAUAGGUGCCCUUCUAGACAAGUCGUUCGUCGCGCCUUGCGCGUCGCGAUGUGCGAAGUUUGGCGAGCCAGAAGUAGGCGACAUCCACUCAACACAACA